AUGAUCGCGUCACGUACGCUGUCCAAGAUGCGCUUAGUGAUGCUUAAGUCACGGCGAGUGACCGUGACGGGCUUGCUCCGCGUCGCUCUCCAUCACCACCAGAACUGGCACAUCUCGUCGUCGCUGCGUGCGCGUCGGAUGCCAGUUCAGCCGCAGAUCCUCCACGCGUGCAGUGAUUGGUCAAUCGUGGUUGCGCCGCUUGUCGAAUUGUCUGGGGUGUUCGCGUGUUCAUCUUUGUCGCCUGCGAACUGGUCGAGGCGACGCGUGCUUCUGUUGGCAAAGCUUAAAGAUAUGAUGCUGUGA